AUGUCUAAGUUACAUGACCCAGAAGCAGUUAGUCAAUACUGCCGAGAGUUGGGCCGUCGCCAUGUCCGACAUGUAAAGAAAGGAUUUCGAACCUGUUUGUGGGAUACUUUUGCAGAAUCAUUAGCAGAGUGCGCCAUCGAAUGGGAAGGUGGUCAACGUUGUAAAGAAGCUUUAAAUGGAUGGCGAAAGUUGGUCGUUUAUAUAAUUGAUGAGAUGAGAAGUGGUUUUCAAGAAGAAAAGAGACGACAAAUAUUCCUGAAUUCCGCGGAAUGCUUACAAACCUCAGUUGUUAGCUCUCUUUCUAAUUCCUGUUCUGCUGCAUCUUGUCGUUCACGAACAGUAACUGACUGA